UUUCAAAUGCUCAAGUAUCCGGAUGAUACAGUCCAUGUAUAUGUGAAAGGCAAGCUAUCAGACACCCUGAAACUAAUCCCGCCCAUAUUGUGUAAUUGCUGAAGAUUUAAAAUGCGGUCAUAUUCAUACAGUAUUUCCACACUGGUUUAGUGGCUAAUAUUUUACACAUUCCCUGUUUACGAGGGGCGAAGUGCGUCUGUCUGAUACGAUAUCUGCUGACUUGCAUCAAUAAAACGUCAAAUCCAAAGCAGGACGAAAGCUUCGAUUUACGGAACAGACGACGGUGAUUCACACACAGUUGGACAUUGUCGAACAUGGCCCAGCUUCUAGAGUCUAUGUCAGGUGCCUCCACUGGACAGGUCGUGGUGACAGACCACUUAAAUUUCUGGGGCGGGUGCAGAGUUAAACCCAAGGAUGGAAUUAACGCGGAGCCCGUCCACGAACCUGCAACUGGGCGUAAGCUGUGUGACAUGUUUCCAUGUGGGAAAGAGGAGGUGGACCAGGCCAUCCAAAGUGCACAUACUGCCUACCUAAAGUGGAGCAAGAUGGCAGGCAUGGAGAGGGCCCGAGUUAUGCUGGAGGCUGCUCGCAUCAUCAGGGAGAGAAGAGACAACAUUGCCAAGUUGGAGGUGAUCAACAAUGGGAAGUCUAUCACAGAGGCCCGGGUGGACAUUGAUGUUUCCUGGCAGACCUUAGAGUACUACGCUGGCAUUGCUGGCACACUGGCAGGCCAGCACAUCCAACUGCCUGGAGGAUCCUUUGCUUACACCAGACGGGAGGCCCUGGGGGUAUGUGUGGGCAUUGGGGCCUGGAACUACCCCUUCCAGAUCGCCUGUUGGAAGUCUGCUCCUGCCCUGGCCUGUGGUAAUGCCAUGGUGUUCAAGCCUUCUCCUUUCACUGCUGUGACCGCUGUGAUUCUGGCUGAGAUCUACAAAGAGGCUGGGGUACCUGAUGGGCUCUUCAACGUGGUGCAGGGUGGGGCGGAGACCGGCACCCUGCUCUGUAAUCACCCCGGCGUGGCUAAGGUGUCCUUCACUGGCAGUGUCCCAACUGGGAAGAAGAUCAUGGAGAUGUCUGCGAAGACUGUAAAGCAGGUGACUCUGGAGCUGGGAGGGAAAUCACCCCUCAUCAUCUUUAAGGACUGUGAGCUGGAGAACGCAGUGAGGGGGGCGCUCAUGGCUAACUUCCUGACUCAGGGAGAGGUGUGCUGUAACGGGACACGGGUGUACGUGCAGAGGGAGAUCAUGCCUGUGUUCCUGGAGGAGGUGGUUAAGAGGACCAAGGCCAUCCAAAUAGGGGACCCUCUCCUGGAGAACACCCGCAUGGGAGCCCUGAUCACUAGGCAACACCUGGACAAGGUGCUGGGCUUCGUCAGCCAGGCCAAGAAAGAGGGAGCAAUGGUUCUCUGUGGAGGGGAAGCCUUUACCCCGAUUGAACCCAAACUGAAGGGAGGUUACUACAUGUCUCCCUGUGUCCUGGACAACUGCACAGACGACAUGACGUGUGUGAAGGAGGAGAUCUUUGGGCCUGUAAUGUCAGUGAUGCCCUUUGACACAGAAGAGGAAGUGCUGAAGAGGGCCAACAACACUACAUUUGGCCUGGCCUCUGGAGUCUUUACCAGGGAUAUAUCCCGCCACCGGGUGGCUGAGAACCUGCAGGCUGGAACCUGCUUCAUCAACAACUACAACAUCAGCCCUGUGGAAGUACCCUUCGGAGGGUACAAGCAGUCUGGUUUUGGCAGGGAGAAUGGCCAGGUGACCAUCGAAUACUACUCCCAGCUGAAGACUGUGGUUGUGGAGAUGGGAGACGUGGACGAUUACUUUAAUUGUUAACUUACCAAUUAAGUGCCAAGGAAAACCAAGACCUAUACGCUACUGUCCUUGAGACGUUUGGUGUAUUUGUGCAUCUGAGGAAUGUAGCAUUGCUAUUGAUAGUUUAUAACAGCAAGUAACUAACGUGGCUGGUCUGUCUGUACAAUGUGUGAGUAUGAGGAUGUCACCAAGUGCUAAAAAGCCUAGUCUUCCCCCACUUGGUCAAUACAUUUAAUACUUUGCAUUUCAGCUGUGAUCCUAGCCAAAGUCAAUAUGAAGAAGCGUUCAAACGGUUCCCAUGGUCCGUCACUUUCUAGCACAUGUAUCUCUCACAUUUUGAAUAAAAGUUUGUAAUACUCCGUUUUCUAUUCCCC